AUGAACACGGAGGAAGCACAGCUUGCUCCUCGUGGAGUUACGCCUGGUUUACGGAAGCCGGAUGAUUACUCCUUUGGGACACGUCAACAGAGGCAACUCUUUCCUCACUCUCACCCCCCAACAUGGUUGGGGAACAAGUUUCUCCCUCUUCGGGGAAUGCCCCAUACAGGCCCUGGAUGUUACACAGCAUCAGAUUGGAAUGGUUUGGCAUACAACCUGUCUCAGACGCCAACCAGUACAAAGGGUUAUGCUAUUGGAGCCAGGACAGCUGUGAGGUUUAAGCCAGUCAAGGAUGUGACACCACAUCCAGGAAUGUAUCAGAAAUUUUAUGCCUGGAAUGACAAAUACAAGCAAAGCUUUGCUCCAUUUAAUGCCUUGAUGCCUCGAUUUAGGACUGACGUUAAGGGCAAUUCCUAUCCUGGCCCUGGCACAUACAAUCCAGAGAAGAAGUCACCUCCAAAGGUUGUUUGGCCAAUGAAAUUUGGAUCUCCAGACUGGUCUCAGAUUCCACGUCUAGAGAAGAGAACUCUAAAAGCCGAGCUGUCCACAGACAAGGACUUUAGAAAGCACCGGAACCGGGUGGCCUACUUAAGCCUCUAUUACAAUUGA